CAUUCGGCUUCCUACUGCCCUCUCCAUCAAAUCGCUAGACUGCGUGGGACUGAGGUGCAUCGCAGGCUGGACGACCGCUGUUGACAGCCUUCUCCCGUGAUCGCCGCGACGAAGCGCACGCAUCUUGUCCCAUUCCUCCACCAUGUCCAAGCAAGGCUCCAAAUCCCACAAGAAGGUGAAGCGGGAUGAACAGUCGGACUCUGAUAGCGAGGAUGAUCUUCAACCAAUCCACUUCUUCGUCCCAGGAGAGGGCAUCAAUGCAGCAGUCCUCGUGGAAUAUAUAACCCAAUACGUCGACAGAACUGCUAAGAUCACAUCAAGUCACCACCCAACGGACAAAACCCGCACAGGCUUCAACGUCCUUGCAAAGAAGACCCUUAACGCUGUCAGCCUGCGCGAUAUCAUCAACGACUCGAAAGACUGGGAUCUAGAAUCACAAAGCAAGAAAUUUCGCAAGGACCCGUAUCGCUACGCAGAGUCAGACACAGCCAGGCGGCGUGCCCGUCAAGGAGCGUCGAAGGGUGGCACAGCCCGACCGGCACGCUCGGCACGUGAAACAUCAACAGACCCUGAGAGUUACAGACGAGAUAAGACUACUAGUCCGUCUCAGUAUCCUGGCUUGCAGCCUCAAGUUGGAAGUGGUUAUCAUCAGGGUCAAUCCAGGACAGACUAUCCGUCGUCAAAUACUUAUAACAUAUACAACGCGGUGAGCGCCACAUCUUACAGCGCCAACAUACCUACCAAUCCUUCUCAACAGGCCUCCAGUACAUAUCCUUAUGCUCAAACCCCCAAAACAAUCAGUGAUUAUGCUCCACCCUCUUACGAACAAGCCGCACCGAGGGGGCCGCCUCGACCUCAGAGCCCAUCACAACCUGGUCCUGAUACAUUCGACCGAGAGAUUCGCAAUCCGAGCGGAGACGUGCCUCGACAGGGUUCGACGUCACAAGAUGAUCCUCGUCGACGACCGGAGACAUAUGAUGAGAUGAUGCGGAGAUCUUCUCGUAGAUAGUCGUCUUUGGGAGAUGUUUAUGACCAGACGCAGGAAGGGCGUCUUUGCAUGGCUCUCUGCAUGGCUUAAAUUUGGCAGCAUGUCCGGAAGGUGCAAACGUCUGCCGACGGAGCAACCAUGCAGGUGGCAGAAAAGAGGGUACCGUGGCCGGACUGCGUCAGAGCUCAUCUUCCCCUGGGCUCGCGGCAUUUUAAAAUCUUCAACUUCCAGCCAACGAUGCCCUCCCUGACCUGCCAAACAUCACCAAGAGCACCUAUAUUUGCGACAAUUUCUUGUCGCUUCAUUGCAAGGCUCGGCAGAUGCCAACGGAUGCAAUCUCUGUCAUGUUACUUUGUACUCUGGCUUUAAGAGGAUCGUU